AAGAGAAAACAGCUAGUACUUGCCCAAACUUAUAUAUUAUAUCAAUCAAUAUGUGUACAUAGAUGUAUAAUUAAACUUAUUCUUCGACUUGAGGUCUUUUAAUUAGAAGUGGAGUUUCCAGGGAAAAAAGGUGGAGAGCAAAGAGAUAGCUUCUUAAUUUCCUCUCUAUAUCUAUUCUGAAUAUCAUGAGGUGCUCAGUUGUUUGUUGAGCCGUUGACGCGAAAUGCUUCCGACGACGAUGACGACGACGACGGCGACGACGGCGGCGCCGGAGAACGGCGAAAAGCACAAAGACGAAAUCGAAGAAGAAGGCGGAAGCCGCACCAGAAUGCGUCUGUCGGAUUACAUCCCCGUGUACAUCCCGGCCGUCGAGCAGGGGCUGAUGACGCAGAGCCAACACCGCGAGGAGCGGUUCCUCGACUUCCUCCGAGCUCGGCCAUCCGGAGACUGGUUCCGGACGGCCUCCGGCUCGCCUUUCGCGUUCCUCCGGCGCGGCGGGCGGCGCUUCCGCGUGCCGUUCGUCCGGAAGAUCAGCUGGCGGGGAUUGCUGAAUUCGUUCAAGAAAUGGAUCAGAGACCCCGCGAACAUCGCCACGUUCAUAUGGCUGGUCCUCGUGUUCAUCUGCCUCUUCUUGCUCCUACUCCUCAUGGCCGGAAUUCUCAACGGCGCCAUACCGAGCAGCACGCGGCGCAAGAAGUGGACCGAGGUCGUGAACCAGAUCCUGAACGCUCUCUUCACCAUCAUAUCCUUGUACUACUACCCGCGGCUGCUCUACCACCUGGUGCUGAUCCUCCGCUGGCGGCCCGCCGACCGCCCCGAGCUGCGCAGAGUCUACUGCAAAGACGCGGCCCCCCGGCCCCGCGAGAGGCUCCACCUCAUGGUCGUAGUCUCCUUGCUUCACAUCACCUGCUUCGCGCAGUUCUUCUGCUGCGCGCUCUUCUGGGCCUACAACCGGCACAACCGGCCUAGCUGGGCAUUGAACCUCGGCUACGGUAUCGGCUCCGCAUGCCCGAUCAUCGCAGGGAUCUACACCGCCCGCAGCCCGCUCGGCAGGAAGUACGACGAGCCCGCCGAAGAGGAGUCUGCAGGAAGAGGUCAGGCAGCAGGAUCAUCAGACCAGACGGAAUUUAGGAUCUACAACCGGAGGGUCGUCGUCACGAGCCCCGAAUGGAUCGGCGGGCUGUUCGAUUGCUGGGACGACGUGACCGUGUUCUGCCUCUCCUCCCUCUGCACCUUCUGCGUGUUCGGGUGGAACAUGGAGCGGCUCGGCUUCGGGAACAUGUACGUGCACAUCUGCACGUUCGUUCUCCUCUGCAUUGCUCCCUUCCUCAUCUUCGGCAUAUCGGCGCUGAACAUCCACAACGACACGAUACAGGAAGCCGUGGAGAUCUUAGGGAUCGUCGUGGGCGUGUUCGGUUUGCUAUACGGCGGGUACUGGAGGAUUCAAAUGAGGAAGAGGUUCAAGCUGCCGCCGAACCCGUUUUGCUGCGGCCGCCCGUCGGUGACCGACUGCGUUCAGUGGCUGUUCUGCUGGCCGUGUUCGUUGGCUCAGGAAGUGCGGACGGGGAAUUUCUACGACGUGGAGUAUCGUCGACGGUUCGCGGAGCUUUUCGUGCCCGCCGAAGCUCGGGCCGAGUUUUGGAGAGAAUUUGAAUGGUGGUGGUGGUGGUGGUGCUGGUGCUGCUGCUGGUGCUGGUGA